AUGGCGGCUGUCGAGCUACCAUCUGUGGACCAGACACUGGAGGUGCUUGGAUUGGCAUCACUGGAGGGCCCAAUCGAGCUCGUCGGCUCCACUGAGGACGAUGGAAUGGAGGAAGUGGAUGGAUUCGGUGUCUGGGCAGAAGAUGAGAAGCCAGAAUUAGAGCAGCUAGGGCCGUUGCAGAUAGUCGAACUUGAGGCUCUCGACGACGGGAUACCCUGA